UUAUCGCUUUAGUUGAACGCAUUUGCUUACUUUCGUUGUUCGCGCUUACGGCCCUCAUCGGGAAUAUGAGUAUCUUAAUUUCAUUGAAUUCGGUAAUCCUUGCCGUUGCGAUUCUAUUUCUUUAUGCCAGUUGGUCGUUGUAUAAGAAACGAAGAUCCUUUCGACAUAUAACCUCCAAAAUACCAACGCGUUAUGGAAUACCUUUCAUUGGCAUCGCAUACGAGUUUUUGGAUUUAACCAAGGUUUAUAAAAAUGCCAGUCGUGGUUUCGAUAAAAUAAAAAGUUUAACCGCUUGCGUGUGGGUUGCCAACACUCCCAUUGUUAUUACCAUCGAUCCCGAAGUGAUCAAACAUGUCACAACUUCACCGGAGUUUCUCAACAAAGCCAGAGAUUUGUACGCCCACUUCCAUAAUGGUGUAAUUAAUGGGCUCAUCGUGAAUCCAGUGAAAAAAUGGAAGCCUGAUCGCAAAGCUAUCACUCCAUUCUUAAGCCACAAUAACAUCUUAAGUUUUUUCCCGUUUUUCAACGAUAAUGCAAAGAAUGUCUUGCGGAAGUUAAGCGACUUGGCUGGACACGGUGAAAAAGAUGUCUAUGGAAUUAUCAAAGCAAUGGGCUUACAGUUGAGCAUUUUAACUAUUAUGGGUAUUAAGAUAGAGGAGGGCACCCAGAAGUACAACGAGAUUAUGAAUGCCUUUAACAUCUUAGUUCACCGCAUGGCAGAUAAUUCUGUUUACUCCUCGGUGGGUCUUGGCUUUCUGACCCUGACGCCAACCUAUAAUAGAACAAUUAAAUAUUUACGAGAAUUAGUGCGCUCUUUAAUAAAAGAAACACUCGCACGUCAAUCCGAUGAGGACAAAUUCGAAGAUGGCAGGCAAACGGUGAUUGAUUUGAUGCUGAGAGUUAUGCGCCAAGGACAUUUCACACCCAACGAUGUGGAAAUCGAGAGUUUCACAAUGAUUGCUGCGUCCUACGAAACCUCAGCGUUUGCAGUCUACUCAACAAUUGUGAUGCUGGCAAUGCAUCCGGAAAUUCAAGAACGAGCUUUUCAAGAAGUCUACUCCGUAUAUCCAGACAAAAUCACAUCAGUGGAAUAUGAUGAAUUGAAGAACCUUCCUUACUUGGAUAUGGUUAUAGCAGAGUCAUUGCGUUUGAAUCCACCCAUACCCUACAUCGGCCGGCAGACAAUUAAUGAAACGGAACUUUGGCCAGGCCUUACGCUUCCAAAAGAAAUGCAGGUCAUUAUACCAAUUUACGAACUACAUAGACGCAAAGAACUCUGGGGUCCCGAGGCAGCACGUUUCAAUCCCGAUAACUUUUUGCCCGAGAAUAUUGCAAAGCGUCAUCCGUGUACCUAUAUGGCUUUCUCGAAAGGACCGCGAAACUGCAUAGGUUUUCGUUAUGCUGACGUCACAUUGCGUGUGCUCCUGAUAACUUUGCUGCGUAGUCUGAAAUUCUCAACCACUUUUAGAUAUGAGGAUAUCGUCUUUAUGCCAAGAGUUACUUUGUCUUAUGAAAAGGAGCCGCUAGUAAGCAUAGAGCUCAGAGAUUGUUAAGGUGGAGCCCCAAAUUGAUUAUUAGUCUGCAAAUCUAGUUAAAUUUUAUCACUUAUAAAUACGAGUUCUGCAAGUUUACCAUGCUUUAUACGAUAAUAAUAAAAACUUACUUCCUCAAUUA